GCAGUCUCGAAGAGAUCGGAGGCAGCACCUCUCUGCAGACGGCCUCGGCGGCCCUUCUUCAUGCCCUCGUCUUCGACGUAGAUGCAGGCUUCACUGUGGUCGACACGCCGCUCGCGGCCGCCACGACGUCUUUCCGUGGGCCUCGCUGGGAGCGGCUCUUGCUGCCUUGUGUGGGGCCAGAGAUAUGGCGAAUGGAUGUCGAUGAUGCGCGCGCCGCUGCCUUGUUCGUCCAGCAGUGGGCGGGUACCUUUGUCGGCGUUGGCACUGGUGCAGUAGCACGCUUUGGCAUGAAGACGCCGGUGGAGCUCCAGGAGACAUCUUGCGGCUGUUUGCUCAAAUUCCGUCCCGUCGGCACCCCACCGGCCAAGAAGUUUGAGGAGCUUGAAGAAGGCGGUGUCGAAUUCCUGGCCGAGGCCCCGGAGGGAGAGCAGCCUCGUCUUCGUGUUCGGCGCGCGGCGUACAGCGCCAAGGCAGUGGUGAAAGCCAACUCUGAGAGAGCUUUACUGGAGCAGUUUCAGCGAGAUUGGGCUGAAGCCCGACAAGCUACCAGGCUCCCCUGGGCCGUCUUCUAA